CAGGAAGUACCUGUGCGCUGCUGCUGACGUUGGUUCUGUCUAAAGUAACGAUGGCGUCCGCAGAUCAGUCUCUCUUGGACAUAACAGAUAAGGAUACUCGGGAGAAACUGUCGCUAUGGGAUCGCCGAAACGAUGCCAUUGCUCCCCUUACGGAGAAACAAAUGGACUCUGUCCUGGAGAUCCGAGCCGCAGCUGAAACGCUCUCUCUCCCUUCAGAGCUUCCCAUUGAGGACUUGUGCAGUCUUUCUUCCCGGUCCUUGCAGUCCCCCUUCACCACGACUGUGCCCGCCUCAACAGAGGACGUCCUGCUCAAGGGUUUCCAGAUGCUUGAAAUGGAAAAUGAUAGGAUAGAAACUGCACAACAGUUUUUUGCCUGGUUUGCCAAGUUGCAGGCAAACAUGGACCAGGAGGACAACGCAAAAUACAGGAAAACCAGAGAUGAACUAAACUGCUACCAGGAACAAUGCGAUGCAAUUCUGAAAGAUGUUAUUGCAGCUCUGGAGCACUUGGACUCCCUUCAGAAACAGUAUCUGUUUGUGUCCAAUAAGACUGGUACCCUACAUGAGGCCUGUGAACAACUCCUAAAAGAACAGGCAGAGCUUGUUGACCUGGCAGAGAGCAUCCAGCAGAAAUUGUCAUAUUUCAAUGAGUUAGAAAACAUAAACACGAAGCUAAACUCCCCAACCUUGUCUGUAAAUAGUGAAGGAUUUAUACCAAUGCUUUCGAAAUUGGAUGACUGCAUUGAAUAUGUUUCUUCACAUCCCAAUUUCAAGGACUACCCAGUUUAUUUGGCCAAGUUUAAACAAUGUCUUUCUAAGGCUAUGCACUUUAUGAAAAUCCACAUUGUAAACACUAUGCAGAAUCUCACAAGCCAGUUAACAAAAAGGGAUCCAACGGGCUUGACCAACGCCGACAAUGCCUUCACACUUUACUAUGUGAAGUUUCGAGCAGUUGCACCUAAAGUUAGCUCACUGAUUGAACAGAUAGAACAGCGAGCAGAGAAGAUUCCAGAAUACUCUCGGCUCCUUGGUGAAAUCCAUCAGUGCUACCUUGACCAGAGACAGCAGCUGCUGAGUCCCAGCAUCACAUCCACCAUUACUGACCUGACCAACCAAAACAAAAAAGACCACUGUGCUCUGGUUCGCAGUGGCUGUGCCUUUAUGGGCCAUGUGUGCCAGGAUGAACACCAGCUGUACAAUGAGUUCUUCUCUAAACCUACAUCUAAACUAGACGAGCUGCUAGAAAAAUUAUGUUUGUCCCUGUAUGAUGUCCUCCGGCCUCUAAUCAUCCACAUCAUCCACCUGGAAACCCUCUCUGAGCUCUGCAGCAUCCUCAAGAAUGAGAUGCUGGAAGACCACCUUCACAGCAAUUCUGCUCCGUUGGGAGCCUUUGACGCAGUAGUGAAGCAGAUGCUGGAGGAUGUCCAGGAGAGGCUGGUCUACAGGACACACAUUUACAUCAAGACUGAUAUCACAGGCUAUAACCCAGCUCCAGGGGAUCUGGCCUAUCCUGAGAAACUGCAGAUGAUGGAGAAAAUCGCUCAGAGCUUGAAGGAAGAGCAGAUGAAGCAGAUGUCACAAGAGUCAGUGUUUUCUGAUGUACGGCUUGAGGACACUGAUAGCAGAAGAAACAGCAAUGCUGGGACUGUAGAACCAUCGCGCCUACAGUCAUCUAUCUCUCCUGCUGAUCUGCACGGCAUGUGGUACCCUACUGUCAGACGAACGCUGGUUUGCUUGUCCAAGCUCUACAGAUGUAUAGAUAGAGCAGUCUUCCAAGGUUUAUCUCAAGAAGCCUUAUCUGCCUGCAUCCAGUCCUUGCUUAAAGCAUCUGAUAUCAUCCUUAAAAACAAGACACAAAUAGAUGGGCAACUUUUCCUGAUCAAGCACCUGCUGAUAAUGCGUGAACAGAUUGCCCCAUUUCACACCGAUUUUGCGAUCAUGGAAAUCUCAGUGGACCUGAAGAAAACACGAGAUGCUGCCUUCAAAAUCCUGAACCCUAAGACUGUUCCCAAAUUCUUCCGACUUAACAGUCACAAUGCCAUACUUGAAUUCCUGUUGGAGGGAUCACCAGAGAUAAAGGAGCACUACAUUGACUCUAAGAAGGAUGUGGACCGACACCUGAAGUUCAGCUGUGAGCAGUUCAUCCAGCAGCAGACUCAGAUCUUUGUGGGGAACCUUGAGGAGUUUCUCACCAAGGUUGCGGCUCUUAAAACUAUGGCUGUCCAAGGUGGUCCCACUUACAGUCUGUCACAGCAACCUUGGGCACAGCCGGCAAAGAUCAACGAUAUUGUGAUGGCUACCUACCGGGUGAUGAAGAGCAAGCUGCCAAGCACUUUGCAGAGCAUGUCCUUGUACUUAGCCAAUAGAGACACAGAGUUCAUCCUUUUCAAGCCUGUCCGGAAUAACAUCCAGCAGGUGUUCCAAAGACUGCACACUUUUCUUCAGGAGGAAUACAGCGGAGAGGACCUUCAAAUCAUUGCAUGUCCAUCUAUGGAGCAGAUUAACCUACUGCUGUCUGUGAAUAAGUAAUACCCUGGUUUGGGUGUGGCGUGCUGGCGAACACACACUGGAGAGCAAUGUGAUGCUACAACUCCAGGAGGAUAAACAGCAGUCAUGUCCAGAGAACUGCACCUGAGCUAAAACAAAACAAAACAAAACAAAAAAACAGUCCCGCACAAGGUCAAUGAUUGUCAAGAAAUGAGGAGUAUGAAGAGGUUCAGGAGGUAUUCAUUUUGAAAUCAACAAACUGGGAAGUGGAAGGCAUGGAGUACAGACUGCAUCAUCUUGCUUUACUAAAAUUGAAGGUGCACAUGCAUUUUGGGUUGUUUUCAUGCAGGAGAAAUCCUUUUUGAAUUUGCACACUAUGUAAAGUUAGGGGGUGAAUUAUAUGACUAUGUUCAGACAAGGACGUUCUUUUGCAAAUAGAGGCGCUAAAGGGUCGCUCAUCAGCCAGGUAGCUAAUGGCCAGUAAGGGGCUUGUAUUCAGAUGGAUAGACUCCCUUGAUGGGUUUGGAAGAGUAACGAGAAAAAAUGCUGCAAAAUAUUUUAUUCCUCUAUUUUAAAUUGUAUCACAUUCAGUGAAACUAUAUGACCUAAUGUGCUAUCGGAUACUCAGGUCCAACAGGUUUUCUUUUCUGAUCAUAGCAAAAUCCACGCAGCUUUUCUUUCCUUGUCAGAAACGUUCUUAAAGAUUCUUCGUUUUCCUUGUGACAGGUUUUGUUAAUCUGUUGCAAAUAUGUAGAAGAGACAGAUCUUAUGUUUUAUACUUCUUUCCUUUUAUACCUAGGUUGAUUAAAACUAAUAUGCAUUUACUCUGGAUAUACGGACCUUUGACCUUGGGCAGUUUUGCACUCUAUAUAACUUACAGGUAAUGGGUAUCUUUUCUAUGGGUCCUCACAGAGUAAGGGUCAAAGGACACUGUCAAUGAAACAUUUGCUUUGGUGUGUCCCAUGUAUAAUGACAUGUACAGUUCUAUUUAUGAACGUUCUGAUUAAAAAUAAAUAUUAA